AUGUCUCCAGCCGCUACCAACAUUUUCACCUUGACUCACAACUCCAAGUUGCCUGACCUAUUGGAUGCCAACAAACAAUGGUGCGAAAAAACCACUCAAGAACACCCAAGUCUGUUCCGCGACUUCAACGCCCACGGCCAGACGCCUCACACUCUGUUCAUCGGAUGUUCCGACUCCCGUUACAACGAAGCCUGUCUGGGAGUCAUCCCCGGCGAGGUGUUCACCUGGAAAACCAUCGCCAACGUUGUCAGCGACAAGGACCUCACGUGCCGUGCUACUCUGGAAUUCGCUAUCAACGUUCUAAAGGUCAACAAGGUCGUCAUCUGUGGCCACACCGACUGCGGUGGUAUAAACACUUGUCUGGCAAUGAAGAGGGCUGCUCUAAAAAACGGCAAAUGCGACCAUCUUUUCGAGUAUCUACAAGACAUCGACGACCUUUACCACGACCACAAGAGCGAUUUGCUAGGCGUAACCAACAGUGCCAAAGUCCAGAGCUCUAUGCUUUCGAAGUACAACGUUCAAAAACAGAUCAACAACCUUCUGGCCAUCGACACCGUCAAGGAGGCCCUAGAGCGCAAAGACAUCGAAGUCUACGGUCUUCUGUACGAUGUUGCCACCGGUCUCGUCGAGCAGGUCUCCGAGAACAAAUAA